AUGGCCAAGCCGAAACGAAAUCCACCUGAAAACGUGCCAUCGCCGUUUGAGGGGUUUGAAGAAGGGUUUCUGGGCUCAGAUUCAGAUUUUUCGCUUAAUUCCCAGUCCACUUCCCAGCCGUCCUUCAAAUAUGUCUCGGCGAUUCGGAGUGUCAGUGCCAGCCCAGUAGAAUCCAGAGCAGAUACCGAGACGUCUCAAACCUCAUACCGAGUGGGUCGAAAGACUGGCAUGACGAAAUCAGAGGAACUAUUUUCUGGAAACGAUGACUUGUCCGAACACACAGGGCAACCAAGUCGUGAAGUGUACGGUCGAGCCUCGAAGCGUCGCAAGGUUUUGGAAGAGCUGAUAACUACCGAGCAAAGCUACGUCUCAGAUAUACGUUCUCUUUUGAAUGUCUAUAUUACGAUGUUGGCGGCGCUUCCUUCUCUGCACAUUGGACUGAGGACAUCCGUCAACCAGAACCUAUGUGAGAUGCUUCAACUUCACGAAGAUAUAUUGAACGAACUACGUCGGGUACUUUCAAGAUCGUAUAAUCAGGAAUGUCGGUACUAUCGAGAUGUUCGAGUGACGGAAGAAGUCUCCCAAAGUGAUGGACAACAUAUGCCGUAUCAGUUUGACGCCGAUGUAUCUCAAGUAUCAGAGUCGCCGAAACACCAUGAAGCAUUCGCAGACCCUCAAUUAGUGACUGAAGUCUCCAAGAUAUUUCAUAAGAAAAUGAGUCGGUUCUUCAUAUACAAAGAAUACGCAGCAAAGUACGAAAUGAUGGUCCAAGACACUGCUCACGUAUGCGAUGCUUUUCCAGGCUGGGAAGAGAAUCAAAACGGCCUCGAAGCUUUAUGUGCACUGCUUAGCUCCCGCGAAACCCGCGAUUGGAGCCAAAGAAGGGCUUCGACCUUGAAGGAUCUCUUUGCCAAGCCAAUCCAGAGAAUUUGCAAAUAUCCUCUCAUCUUUGCCGAACUGCUCAAGUUCAAACUCGGAGAUAAAUAG